AUGGAGGCGGACCUUAGAGAACGGAUGGACCGUUUGGCCCAUGUUUUAGGAGGGAGCAAGAGUCGUACCGAAGAUGAUGUGCAGUAUAUGGUGAAAUGGGUAGAGAAAAUAGCCAAAGGUUCGCAUCGGAUCAACAAGUACAGGUACAGAAGCAGGUCGAAAGUAACAUCCAGGGGAGACUUGGAACAGAUUUUGACAAGGGUUACGCCAUAUGUGAAGGUCAUUGAUACCGUUGGUAACAAAGAAAAUUUGUUCAACAGAGAGAGGAUUCACGAAGGACUGCGGCAGGUCGUGGAGGCUACCAGGACAUCUCCCAUAUGCUGGGACUCGCAAUUUGUGAACCCUGUAGCGAUAGUGUCAAGAGGGCUUUCAGUAAGUUUCUGUGAAGAUUCUGUGGUGACAUUGUGUUGUAAUUCGUGCAAAGAAACGGUAUCGUUGGACCUUUGCGAUAUGGAUCUUAACGAGCAAUAUGCAUGCAGAUUGAAAGACGUACAUUCCCAAGAGUGCGUGUGGUCAUACUUGUCUGUUCCUCUAGAUAUGGUAUACCAUUUGAACGUCAAUACUGUGAUGUAUGAGAUAACCCGUAUAAAGCAAACGUUGGACAAGAUUUCCAGUGUGGAAUACUACAAAUCGUGGAAGCUUCAAUUUGUGCUUCCUGAAAAGAUCCAAAAGAUAGCCCAAUGGUUUGGGUUUAGUCCAAGCGAUAACCUUGCAGUAAUAUACGUGCUUCUCUGUGGCUACGAACCUGUGGGAUCUCCUGAGGAGGAAAUUUUGGAAUGUGUGGGGUCCUACAUAAAGACCGGUUUGUCACAGGUGUUGCAGGAUGCAGAUUAUGUGGGCCACCCAAGAUGGAGCUGCUACUACGACAAGGACAGGAUCCUCGAUCUCAUGUACGAAACCCUGAUACGUGGCACAGAAGACAGCUCGAUAUCAAGCAGGUUAUCUCGGUUAAGGGAUAUAGUGACCAAGUGGUAG